UUCAACUCAGUCUCCACUGUUCUCCCCCGAUUCUCCCUCAAAAAACGUGAAUUCUGCUGCUUUUUGCCAUGGCUUUUCUCAAGAGCUUCCUUACAUAUCUCGCUAUAGCUCUCUUUCUGAUUUUCGCCACCACUGGCGUUCACGGUGAGCACGAGUUUCCGGUCGGCGGAAGGCAUGGCUUCUGGAAGGUUCCUUCGUCCCCAGACGUGUACGAAAAUUGGGCGGAGAGGCUCCGCUUCCUCAUCGGCGAUACGCUCGUUCUCCGAUACGAUCCCAAGGCCGAUUCGGUUCUGCAAGUGACGGAGCAGAGCUACAAGAUCUGCAACAAAUCCGACCCCAUUAAAUCGUACGGCGAAGGGAACACCAGGAUCGUCCUCGAAAGAUCAGGACCGUUCUUUUUCAUCAGCGGCGCUCAGGGGCACUGCGAGAAGGGCCAGAAGUUUGCCGUUUGGGUGUUGUCGCCUAAGAGAGGGACUCACAUUCAUUCUCCGGCGCCGUCUCCGUCGGAUCACCACCACUUGCACCAUUCUCCGGCGCCGGCGCCGUCGAGCUCUGGUUCUCGACUUAUCGGAGGAGUUAUCGGCGGCGGCGUCGCCGCCGUUGCUGCGGCGGUCCUUUUUAUUUAAUUAUGGUUUUUUUUUUUUCUGAAUUGUGCAUGUGUCUUUAUUGUUGGUGGUUUUGUGUUUAAGUUUUUGGUAUUUGGUGUCGUUUUUAUUAUGUUGU